CAGCAGUGCGCCCGAGAGCGUCAGGCCCAUGCGGGCCCUUGCCUCCGGGUGCCGGGCAGCCAGGCUCUCGGCCAAAACGGUAGCAACCGCGCGGCAAGCCGUGCCAGCGCCAGCGGUGGGCCAUUCAAUCGGGGGGGUUGUGCAACUAACGAGCGAAGUCCUGCACUUAGGGAGGUUGUGCCGGCGCAGCGACGUUUCAGGAGCGGUCGGAGUGUGGUGGCGCCGAUUGCUCCUCGCAGAGCGAGGCGAGAAAGUUGAAAUCGUUGAUGCGGGCGGGGGCGAAGUUCCGUUAUUCAUAGGAGAUGAAAUAACACGCGGCGCGAAGAACUACCCCGCAGCGGUCUUGUAUACAGCUGCGCCAGCGAGGCGCAGCCAUACACUCGCGUGGUUCUGGUUGGCGCCGGUGCCUUCGCUGCAUGCAUCCACUCGCGCCCGCACGCCCCGCGCCGCCCGUCGUGAAGCAAGGAAGCGCGCCGGGGGCCGGCGCAUAUUCACCCGCGCGCCGCAGGGAGCCCCCCACAGG